CCCCAGACGCAGAUAAUUCCGGGGCUGGCCCCUUCACCCCGGCCCCAGCCAUGGAGCACCGUUGUCUCGACGCAGGGGGUGUAAGGGAGGAGGAGUAGGGAUUUCUGCAGCUAACCAGCCUCGUCUACACACUAAGGCACCGAACUGACUGCUUAUGACUUACAGUAUCCGUACUUUGUCCAUCAUCCAAGGUCUUGAUGCUGUUCGUUGCCGGGGUUGGCACUUGGCGGUUCUGUUUCGCAUUUUCAAUCGGGAAUCCAUAACCAAGGAUCUUCUCACGGUGCUAAGAACUGAAAUCCUCAUAAUUGUUCUCAAAGUCCAGCCCAUAUCGGUUCUACGUUUGAUCGCCAUUAUACAAUGGAUCGUGAUGUGGCAUCGUGCUACGGUGACUCCGUCUCAGAUGUUCUCGAAACAUGAUCUCAGAACUACCCAUGGUUGUUUCAUCCCAUCCCGUUGGGGAGCCUUGUCACUCGCUCUCCUUGACCCCUUCUGCUUGUUUCAAAUCCCGAGCCCUGACGAUGACAGCCUUAAGAACGCCACGGUACUCCACCUUGCAGAUGCCACAUUGUUUAGGCCUACCCUAUCAUGGAUCAACCCUGUAUCUACAGAGUACGCUUUGUAAGGAUUCAUGAACCGUUCGUAUCAGAUUCACUCCAUAGAGAACGGUAAGGUUCUCUG